UUUGCUGCCUGCUCUGCCUCUAUCAGCAGAAAACCAGCCAAGCAACUCUGUUAUCGCUCGUCAUCAAUUAGAUUACGCCCCUGCCGCCGCGAGUGUGAUGGUGUUCCGUCAAUGAUUCCCCCCCAGUUUGUGCAUGAGGCUUCUUGAAUCCUUGCCCAAUCAUAUGACGUCGGCUGCCUUAGUCACGGCUAGCCCGCGUUGAAUGCCAUGCCAUGCUUCAGGGCUUGGGCUGAUGCAUUUCGCCUUUCCUCCCAAAAAUCUGAGACGGACGGAUGCAGAUCGGCCACGACAGGGGUAGGGUCAUGGAGGUUCAAGACCCAAGCUUCAAGACUCGACUUGAUCAGUGUACCUCUACUUAAACAUGUGUCAGGUUCUGUCCCCCGCCCAUCCCUUUCACCCCUGCGGUACUCACUCCAAUUCGAGGUCGCAAUGUCACAAUGGGCUAGAGAAUCCGAGUCCAAUUUGGCCUCAUGGUCUCUGGACUCGCGAUGUCACGAUUCGGUAGAGGCAGCUCGUUGUUGCUACCCAGUCUUUUACCUGGGAAGAACGACGAAGCAAUGGAGCAAAAGCCCCUCAACGAUAUCCGCCACCACCUCCACCACCUCAACUCAACUCAACUCAACCUUCCGUCGAACCAGUCUGGGGAGGCGAAUGGAUGGUUCAAGACAAGCUCACAAUCAACUGGCCCCACCAUAAACACCGGCUUGCCUUGCACGCCGCACGCCUGGCUCCCACAGCUCCGGACGGGCAGAUGCCACCACGGACAAGCUGCAAGGAUGCCACACCCAAUGUCAUCUAGUCCAUUCUGAGCAUCCAUCCAUCCAACUGUCUCUGCGUGACAUGAUAUGCACAACUCGCUACACUCACCGAUAGCCGCCAGGCAGGCAGAGAGAAAGACAAACGCACUCACUCGCAGACUCACUGAUCAACUGUUGCGAGGACAAGCAGGGCUAUAGGUUGCAGGGCAUGUUCACGACUUGGCUUGGUUCCAUUGCUUGCUUACCAGGUUGCCAGCGUCAUCUCCAAACUGCAGUUCAUAAGCUGUGCAACUGCUCAAAACCCUCGCAACAUCUCGUGUAACAGAAACAAAGACUGUUGUCAGCGACUGCGCACAGAGAAACACAGUAACUAGAAUGUUUGGCCCGUCCCGUCUAUCGAAAAAAAAAGGUGCUCUCGCUCACUCACAGCCCUGUCUGAACUCUCGUCAUUACGUGGCAAUACUCUAGCUCGUUCAAAGGGGUCGCCAAGCAGCCAGCCCACCAUGCAACCGGGGCCAGCGGCUGCCCAUGCCCGGGUUUUUGAACCACCAGCUUAGCAAUCGUUUUUUAAAGGAUCAUGGUUUCAACUGUUUCGCGAAGGCGACGCGACUCGAACAACCUCAUCAUCGUCACCCCAGGACACGGAGCUGUGAUCUCUUGGAUGUACAGCAUAACAGCCCCAACUCGCUGCCUCAAAAGCACCCACGAAUGCACGCCUUGCUUCCACCCACACAUGCACAGUAGCCCACAACAAACCUCCGAACUUGGCGGGUACCCGCACCUUUUGACUUUGACAGGGUCCCGUGCUUUUCCUUUCUCCCUCUUCUGUUUUUAUCAUGUCAAUGCGCAGACUUGAUGAUGAUUUCAGUCUUUGAGCUCCUCGCUCGUCCAGGACAAGAGCAUCUCCACCACCUGUAUUCAUGAUGUCCUCCAUCCUAGAAGGUCUCAUUGAGUGUAAACACGCCAUCGUUUCAAUGGCUUCUCGUCACGUGACCCGUCCUGUUGCAAGCCUCCCGUGACAUUCCCGAGGUUCUUGACCUUGUGCAUCUCCCGUCGGUACUUGGACCCUCCACCAACGCAACAUGGCCUGAGCCGUUGCUAUAUCACAAAUCUCCGGUUUCGUAUCGACCACGGAGCUCCCAAUUUGGACGUUGUCAUUUUUGUUGGUAUGUUGAAAAUCGAGAAUGACAUCCGACUCGAAUGCCCUCACCUUGGCAACGAAAUAAGACCUUGGCAAGAUGAAAGAUGUGGCUGUCUCUGCUUUGCCCUGCACGACAUUCCAGAGUCGGGAGGCCCCACCGACUCCAUUUGAUGGAUGUUGAUGUUCGAGAGGCACAGGGGAACAGCAUCGACAAUCUAAACGUUCUUGACCAAUCAGAUGUGAGUCAAGAAUUAGUCGCGUUGAAUGGCACCCGUCAUCUUGUUCUUUGCCGAGGCCCCCGAAUCUUGACCGAAUUUAGUAUCUCCAUCUCCCCAUUCAAUACUGAUGAUACAGGACACGACAUCAGUAAUAUUUGAGUUCGAUGGCCAUGCAUCUAAACAUUGGGAGGUAUUCCCGGAGGCAAGGGUUAUUGAGUUCAGCAUGGCCUUGAAUAUGCAACGCUAACAGGUGAAACAAAUGAAGUUUUCAGCAAAAUCUCAAUCUCAAACUCUAACCGUGGCUUUAUCGCUAAAGGUGUGGGCACUAGCGGAUCAAGGACGUCAAUCCUAAUGGUCUUCCUUGCUGACAAAAGUCUCAAAUCAAAGUCCCUCCGCCAAAUGUCUAGAUAUUUAGCUUGUCCUAACAGAGCGGGUUAAUAACUUGCUGUGGAGGAUGGAAUUCAGUCUAGGGCUUGCAUAAACCAGUGAACUUUGAAGUGAUAGAACUGUUUCAUAUACAGUAGAUUUGGAGCAGCAAUGUCUUGAACGUAGCCGCAUCACGAAAGUCUCCACAGUCAGAUCUUGAAACCUUGAGGUUCGUGGUGAAGAUCCCAAAGCGCGUCGAGUUCUAUUGAUUGAGUUUCUCUAAGAAAGUC